AUGUACAGUUCAACAUCCAAACUCCUGAGGGCAGAGGGAAGUUCUGGAAGCGGCAGUGAGCAUUGGGUCGUCCGCAACCUUAAACCCAUCAGGAGACAUGGGGCUGAGAGUGACGUUAGCCUCUUCAGUGCGGCUAGCGAAGAGGACGAUGAAGUCCACUUUGACACUUCCGACACAGAUAAUAACCGCGAGGUGCUGAUGGCUGGUAAACAUUACCCAUCCAUCCAAGAGUUUGCCUCAGCAAUCCCCAACCACCUCCUCCUGGGGUCUCUGCUGGAGCACCUGUGCUUCGUCUACGAGACCAACCCGACACGCUCACGCACGCUGUUUAAAGUCAUUGGCCAGCGUUUAGCUGCCAUGAACCUCCUCUCACCUUUGGCCAUAAGUGAUGAGUUCAGCACCGUCAGACUGCAGCACAACCGGGCCUUCACUGAGCUGCUUAAUGCUGCCAGCUCCUCCCUGUAUCCACAGGGCCAGCAAGGUGAUGGCACAAACGCGCACAAGCCUGCUGUAAGACCAAAGGAGGGACUGUUUCAAGCACAGACGUCCCGGUAUCUUAGUGAAUUUGAAGAAAUAUUUCGACUCGGAAAAGGAUCUUAUGGAAAUGUUUUUAAGGUUAUGAACAAAUUGGAUGGACAGUAUUAUGCCGUGAAGAAAAUUCUCAUCAGAAAAGUCUCAAAGGAUGACUGCAUGAAGGUCCUCAGGGAAGUCAAAGUGUUAUCCAGCCUGCUGAAUGUAAACGUUGUGGGCUAUCACACUGCGUGGAUGGAGCACGUUCAGCCUGCGGCAUAUCCUGAGUCUCUCCUGCCUGCACUGGAGUCAUGUGAACAAGACAGUUCCGAUGAGAGCUCUGACAACAUCAGCAGCAACUCCUCGAUCGUUUUUCAAAGCCUCAGUCGAGCACCAACAGACUCGAGUGCCAGCGCACUCCCGAGAGCGGCCGAGCCCGUCGAAGCUUUGGUUCCGACCCCAGAGAAGGGCCAGGUGGUGUGUGCCAAGACGAUGCGCCGGAUUCCCAAGAACUACGUCCCCUGUGUGUUCCUGGGACAGGGGGGUCCCCCGAAGACCUCCAAAUGUCCCGCCAUGGGCUGGGACAGCUCGGCACUGUUAGAGGAGGAGUCCAGCAGGAGUAGCAUCGAACUGAACAACAACUCCUGCAUCGACAAGGAAUUUCAGCAGUGGGCUGGCAAAAACCGCACAACAAAGCCUUCUAAAGAGGUACAGUUCCACCUGAUGCUCUACAUCCAGAUGCAGCUGUGUGAGCGCUCACUGAAGGACUGGAUCUCUGAGAGGAACACCAAGCCCAAAGAAGAGCAAACCCCAAAAUGUCCUUAUGGAUGUGUUGACACCGAACACACACUCAGCCUGCUGAGAGGGAUUCUUAAAGGAGUGGAGUACAUUCACUCCAGGGGAAUGAUGCACAGAGACCUGAAGCCCAGGAACAUUUUCCUCCAUGGUAACGACUGCCAUGUUCGAAUUGGGGACUUUGGUUUGGCCUGCAGGGAUAUAAUAAUGGAUGGCCAUAAAGGCACCGCACCUCCCAGCAGUGAAUCCUCACACACUACAGGUGUUGGCACAUUUGUGUAUGCUGCUCCAGAGCAACUGAAGGGCUCCCAUUAUGAUUCAAAGUCAGACAUGUACAGCAUCGGAGUGCUGGCUCUCGAGCUAUUCCAGCCCUUUGGGACCGAGAUGGAACGGGCCCGGACCCUUGGGGACCUGAGAGAGGGGAAAAUCCCAGACCCGUUCUGCCAGAGAUGGCCGGUCCUGACGAAGUUCAUUAGGAACCUGACGAAUAAGGAGCCCAGUGUUCGUCCCACAGCCAGCCAGCUUCUACAGAGUGAACUCUUCUGCAAUAAAGACAUAGUGAUCCAUAGUUUACAGAGACGGGUUGAAGAGCAGGAGGGAGAGAUCAUGCAGCUGAGGAGACAGAUCAGCCGGCUUCAGAGCUCAGAAGUCGUAGUUAAUUUGUCUGAGUCCGACAACGCCUAAGCCUAAAGGGUCUCAGCCAUCCACAGAUAGUCACAACUUGAUUUAUUCAACCACUGCUGUACUAUGUUUCGGUAACUUUGUACAAGUGGUAGAGCGUGUGUGUGUGUGUGUGUGUUUGAAUGUGUCUUGUACAUCGGGAUGUAAGGGUGCAAUUAUUUAUCUUCAUUCAGCUGUUUAAUAAAACCUACUUUCAUAUCCG